AUGACAUCUGUGACGAUCAAUCGUGUGUUUCUGGCAUCAACCAGGCAUUUCAUCCCACAGGGUGCAUCGCCAAGAGUACCCAUUGCACUGCGUCUUGUCUCUCAUCCUAAAAAAUAUGAGCGCUGUCGCAAUUAUCACGUCUCCCGCAAAAAGGCAUCCUCCACCGCUACUCACGUCCCUCAAAAUGGUGACAACCUCAUGCAUGGAGGCUCCUCGUCGGCGCCGCUCUCCAUUCUGCCCUUGAGCAUGGUUCUCCGCUCACUCGUGACCAGCGCUGUAUCGUCAUCAGCACUGUUGCCAUUGUCGCUGCGCAUCAUGGGAGUCCUCGCCAACAGCGCAAACCCAUUGCUUAACGCAGACCACAACCCAAUCUUACGGUACAUGCUCGACAAGUCUUUGUACGCACAGUUUUGCGCGGGCGCAAACCCAUCGGAAGUGCAGACCACGAUUGCCAAACUCAAGGAUAUUGGUGUCACAGGAGUUAUCCUCGCCUAUGCCAAGGAGUUCCCAGGGGAGGGCCAGUCGGAGCUUGAGGAAAGCGCAAGCGCAAGACCGGGCGAGGAGACACAGUCCAUUAUUAAUAGUGAGAUCGCUCCCUGGGAGGAGAGCAUGAGAAAGACGGUGCGGUUGGUUGAGCCAGGUGACUUUGCUGCUUUAAAGUUUACCGGUGCAGGUCAGCUAGCAUAUUAUCUGCUACGCCACCAAUUACCUCCCACCCCUCGACUUUGUGAGCUGAUUGAUCACAUUUGUCGACUGGCUCAGGAGCGUGGUGUUCGACUGCUCUUUGAUGGAGAGCAGAAUGUACUGCAGGACGGCAUCGAUGCGUGGACCAUGCACUUUGCCAGCAGGUACAAUACCACUCCUGGCAGGGCCACCAUCUUUGGCACAUACCAGGCGUAUAAAAAGACCACGCCCAGCUUGCUCUCUAGGCACCUUGCUGAAGCUCAGAAAGGCGGCUUCACACUUGGUGUGAAACUCGUUCGUGGGGCCUAUCUCGGGUCCGACCAGCGAGACCUCUUCUUUAGCCGGAAAUCUAGUACAGACUCUUGUUACGAUAACUGCGCGGCCAGCGUCUUGACUCGCCAUUGGAAUCGUACCCUUGAGGGGAUAGGAGAAUAUCCUAAUGUUAGUCUUAUGCUUGCUACUCAUAACGCCACCUCGGUUCAGAGAGCCUAUGCCAUUUACAACGCUGGAGGGGCCAGGUGUGAGGUAUCAUUUGCGCAACUCCAGGGCAUGGCGGAUGAAAUCAGCUGUGAACUAGUCGAGGUGAACCAUUCCGCCCGAAGGAACGGUGAUGCCGCGGCAGCGGUUUCGGUCCUCCCGGUUUAUAAGUACAUGGCAUGGGGGACAACCGGAGAAUGUAUGAAGUACCUGUUCAGGCGGGCACAGGAGAAUAGGGAUGCCAUUGACCGAACUCGAGAUGAUCGUAACGCCAUGUGGACUGAACUCGUGCGCCGUAUCAAGAAGACGUUUCGCCGGUCGUAG